CCGCAGGGCGUUGCGGGGGGGGGGGGGGCCGGGGCGCUGCGCGGCUCUCCGCGGGGCAGGCGGGGGGUUUGUUGCGCGGGCGUUCCCGGGCAGCGCGGCGGCGGGGCGGGCCUUCCCGCGGAGGAGGGAGCGCGGCGCCAUGGCGGCGGCCUGGCCGGAGCUGGAGGCGGCGGCGCGGGGGCGGCGGCGGGAGCUGGCGCUGCCCGGCGCGGCGGUGGCGGAGCGGGUGGCGGCGGGCGGCGGGCGGCUGCCGGCGGCGUUGCUGGCGCUGCCGCUGCUGCAGUCGCUGGAGCUGAGCGGCUGCGCGGCGCUGCGGGAGCUGGGCCCGGGGCUGGCAGCCGCCUUGCCCGCCCUGCACACGCUGGUGCUGCGCGGUAACGCGCUGGGCCCCGCCGGGCUGGGCGCGGGGCUGGGCGGGCCGCUGCCGGCCCUCCGCCUCCUCGACCUCUCCGGCAACGGCCUGGAGGCGCUGCCCGCCGCGCUGGGCGGGGCGGCGGAGCCGGCGGGAGCCCCGGAGGGAGCCCCGGCCUUCCCGCAGCUGCGCAGCCUCAACCUGAGCGGCAACCGGCUGCGGGAGCUGGGCCCGGGGCUGGCCCGCUCCGCGCCGCAGCUCCAGGCGCUGCUGCUCUCCGGUAACCGCCUGCGGGCGCUGCCCGGCGGGCUCCUGCCCCCCGCCGCCGGCCCCGGCGGGCCCUUCCCGCUCCUCAGCCGCCUGGAGGCGGCCGACAACGAGCUGGCGGAGCUGGGCGCCGACAUCGCCGCGCUGCCGGCCCUCAAGAGCCUGGAUGUGGCCAACAACCGGCUGCAGGAGCUGCCCGCCGCGCUGGCUGACUGCCCCCGGCUGAAGGAGGCCAACUUCAGGGGCAACCAGCUGAAGGACAAGCGGCUGGAGAAGAUGGUCAAUGGUUGCCAGACGAAGGCCAUUCUGGAGUACCUGCGGGCCGGGGGCCGCGGGAAGGGCAAGGCCGAGGGCGCCCGAGAGGAGGCCAGGAAGAAGAAGAGGGAGAAGCAGCAGCAGAAGGAUGGUGGGGACAGGGAGCAGGAUGAGCUGGAGGAGGCAAGCAAACUGCUGGUGAAGGUCCUGCAUGUCUCCGAAAAUGCGGCGCCCUUGGUGGUCAAAGCAAGCCCAGGCGUCAAAGAUGUUCGACCCUUCAUUGUGUGUUGCGUGCUGAAGGGAGUGAACUUACAGCCGGGAAACGCUCUGAAGAGGUUCCUGUCCACACAGACUAAACUGCAUGAGGACAUCUGUGAAAAGCGGACAGCAGCCACAAUUGCCACCCACGACUUGCAGUCGAUCAAGGGUCCCCUGACAUACGACGUUCAGCCUCCUGACGAACUGAAGAUAGUGCCCCUGGGUCGAAAGGAGAUCAAGGCAAAGGAUCUUCUCCGCCAGCUGCAACUGGAAGCUGAGGAGCAGAGGAAACAGAAGAAGCGUCAGAAUGUUUCUGGAUUGCACAAGUAUCUCCAGCUGCUGGAUGGCAAAGAUAACUACCCAUGUCUUGUGGAUGCCGAAGGCAUCGUGAUUUCUUUCCCGCCAAUAACCAACAGUGAGAAAACAAAGAUUAGAAAAGACACCCGUGACCUGUUUCUGGAAGUGACAAGCGAUACCAGUUUACAGAUCUGCAAAGAUGUCAUGGACACACUAAUUCUGAAAAUUGCGGAACUGAACAGAUUUACCAUGGAAAGUAAGGAAGACUUGGGCUCAGAUAACGAAUCUGAUGCUCUUUGUGGGCCAGUGAAUUUGAACCCCGGCCAAAGCAUACAGCCAACGAAUUUUCCGUUGGUAGUGGAGCAGGUUCGAGUGGUGGACACAGACGGAAACUUGAAAGUACUUUAUCCCUCAAAAACCGACCUAACCACAGUUUCCUCUCUUCUGACUGUAAUACGUUAGCAGCUAUCGAAGCUAAGAAAAUUAUUCCGUUUUCUUUUUUUUUCCCCCCAUUUUCAACCAUGCAGCUUGUACCCAGCAAGGUGGUUUGAUUUUUUUUAAAGAAUGGAAGCAGAGCAUCCUGCCUGGGUAUGUGAAAACUAGAAAGUGUGAUCAGGCUACAACAAGGAGUGUUGCAUUCUUUCAGCCUUAUAGAAAGCCAUCGCGUUGUGACUAGGUAGAUAACUUAAAUGUGAACUUAAGGGCAGAGCAGGUAUUGGAAGUUAGGAUGCGUUACCUUGUAGAGAAAAGCACUGCGACACCUUGGCAUUUACAAAAUGAGUGCAGUCAUAUGUUUCUGCAGGAUCACUGCUUCUUCCUGGUGUGUUUCAGCUGGAUUAUUACAUUGGUAGCUCAACUGAGAAAUGCAGUAGGUGACAGCAGUGGAACCCAGUCACGUGCGACAGCCUGGUACUGAGGGCAGACGGCAAAGUCGCCUCACUGGCAUCUCAUUCUGCAUGGUUUUAUUUGUAUGUCUGGAGCCAUUGUGAAAAUGUAAUUGCUGUCAGAACUCCAGAGUGAGUUUUAAAGUGACGGUUGCUGUGUUCUGACAUUAACGCAGCUUCCCUUUUUAAGUGACGUCAGUUGAACUGACUGCAGGGCUUUGCCUGUCCCAGUAUGUUUUAGAGCCCUCACCCACCCUUGCGGAAACAGCAGCUGUGACCUCGUUGUGCACCCGUUGAGUUACUGGUGCUCAAGCACUGAAUCUGUUCUGGCUCAGGAGGGCUAAUGCUGCCUUACGUCGACACUCCUGAAGCUCCCCUCUCCCCAGAACAGAAGCGCUGUUGCCCAGCGUGACCCCCCGAAAUACACCUUCCAAAAUACAGGUAGUUUGAGCAGUUCUAAUUUUUGCGGUCUGUGGGUGACUUUUACAUGUGGGCUGCUACCUUUAUGAAUGCAAACCUCUCCAUGGGCUAGGGUGACCCACAGCUUGCCUUUUUUCGGUUAAAAAUGAUAGCUCUAACUGAACUUCCAGAUACCGUGUCAAAUACGUUCAUGUGUUGGGAGUUGCAUAUUGAAUGGAAAAAUAAUAAACCAGUUCUUGCA